CAGUAAAUCAUUGGCAUGCUGAGAGUGAGACAGUUGUAGUUUUGAGGCUGAGAGUGAGACAGUCUGAGAGGACAACAGCUGGGUCAGACAGGUGGAACCGGAACAGGAGCUGGUUUAUUAUGAGCAGGAGCUCAGAUGCUUUCAGUCCUGCGAUGACCUCCACAGUGUCUCUCAACUCAGGUAAACAGCUCGGUGUAACUUGUGUCACCUUCCACCAUGACGGCUCCCGUACCGAGGCCGAGAACCUGCUACAUGCUCAGGAAGCUUUUACCGAGUGAUUCCUCAGAGAGCAGUAAUGUGGCUCAGACAGACAAUAUAUGUGAUGUGAGCAGCCCAGAACUGAACAGCAGCUCGUGUUUCUUUCCUGCUGAUGUUCCUGAGUGUAAAGAGACAGACGACACACACGGAGGCAGCAUGUUGCAGAAGUACGUGUGUCCUGCCUCGCCUCCUCGAAGCCCCUCACCAUCUGAUGAUGAGGAAUUUAAAAUUUUAUCAGAAUGGGUGAAGGAGUGCGUCACCUCCGACUCCUCGGCUGAUGAGGGCCCCAUGACGCCCCUGACCCCACGGUCAGACAAAUCUUUUCACCUCCAACCUCUUGAAGAUUGUUACAACUCCACCAACACAGAAAGUGCUCCUCAGGUGACUAAUUCCCAGUCUAAAAACGGCGCUCCAUUAAAGCCACCAGUACGGAAGAAACUGAACCAACCUCCCACCCUGAAGAAACCACGUGCUGCUACCAUCCGUGUGAGCCGGAGGAAAUCUUCAGGGGCAGCAGGGCUUGUUAUCCAGCCUGAAGAGAACUUCUACAGAGAGAGUGCUGUAUCACGCUCCAGCUGGCUGGAUGUCUGGAAGGGCCGCAAACACAAUGUGCUGUGGACCACGUUUGAUGGUCAGGUGAUGUCUCUGUGGAAGAAACGCUUGGACAAGUUUUCUGAGUACGUGUUCCAUGUGUCGAGCAUCACCAAUGUGCGCCAGCAGGACCGAGGACGCUUUAUCAUUUACUUCCGCAAGAAGCACUUUGAGUUCAUGGCUCACAGUGAAGAUGUGAAGACGGGAUGGGUUACAUCACUGCUCGCUUCCCGAGGACAAGAACCACCAGCACCUCCUCAAUAUCACGGCUCAAUGACGAUGAAGGAAUCAUGGAGCAAAGUUUAUGGCGCCAUCUGCGGACACAACCUGUGGAUCUACAACAGCAAACAGGACUUUAAUUUGGGUCUGGGGAUGACCUUUGUGUCCAUGAAUACGGCAUCAGUAAAACAGAUUGGACGCCACAGCUUUAGCCUCAUUACACCUUAUAAAACUUUCAAUUUCUCGGUGGACUCUUCGCGAGAGUUAGCGACGUGGCUGGAUCAUCUGAACAAGAUGAUCCGUAGUGCCCUGUCCUGCAGCGAGGUGGCGCGGCGUUUGUGGUCGAAUUCCUGGAAUAAAGUGUGUGCUGAUUGCGGCAGUCCAAACCCAGAGUGGGCCUCCAUCAACCUGCUGAUGGUCAUCUGUGAGUCCUGCGCAGGAGUUCAUCGUAUGAUGGGGGUGAACAGGUCCAAAGUGCGGAGUCUGAAACUGGACAGUAAAGUGUGGACUGAACCUCUGAUUCAGCUGUUUGUGCUUUAUGGGAACAAAGCUGGUAAUAACGUGUGGGGUCACAAUGUCCCGGCGGUGGAUCAGAUCCUCCCUGACGCUCAGUACGAACAACGGGCCGCGUUCAUCAACGCUAAGUACUGCAGUGGUCUUUACCGCAAAGCGCAUCCUCUCACCUGCAGCCAGGAGCUGCUCAACCAGAGGUUGUGUGAGGUGGUGUGCGGAGCUGAUGUGGAGGAGACACUCUCACUGCUGUGUUCAGGAGCGAAGAUUCUGGGCGGAGAUUAUCUAUCAGCCAUCACGCUGGCAGAAAACGCCGGACAGGCUCUACAGACUGAGCUGCUCAGACACAAUGAGUUUGUAGAAAUUCCUGACUUUGACCAGCAGAGAGAGCUGAGAGAGCAGACAAGAUUAGAGGAGCUCCAUGGCAGGCUGGAUGAUGAGCGCUUCCUUUUCUCUCAAGAGACCGAGUCAGCUGCAUGUGAUGUUCUUGACCUGAGAGAGGUCAUCUCUGUGUUCAAUCAGUCCACAGGUCAAACCCAUGAGUUUGAGAUUCUAACACUGACAGACAGUCUCAUCUGUAAUGGGGACACACAAGAGCUGCUGCUCAAUCACAUGCUGCACAUUAUCAAGGUCGUGAUGCCCAGACCCCUGUUGGAGGAGGAGCUUAUAGGGGUGAUGGGCGUGUCCCGGCUGUCUCUAAGAGAGGGAAGUGGUCUUCAGCAUGCUGAAGUUUGGGCAAUGAUCCGACCGGGAGAAAUCUUAAUCUAUCCCUUACACACACACACACACCGGAUCCCCAUCAUCAUCAACCAACACACAUGCUGCAACAUGUGUUUGUUGGAGAACACAGUGGCGGUGACUACAGCAGAGAAGACGGCGUAUCUUCAGUUUGAGCGCAAGGAGAGCUGCAGCAAAUUUUACACUCUGCUCUCCAGUGCCAACUCCAGUGACAGGAAGUCACAUGAUUACUCCUUGUACACACUUCCUGCUGGGAUUAGUGGGUGUGUCCCUCCUGAAGUGCAGCGCUGCAUCUCUCACAUCACACUGUAUGGCCUGAAGGUGGAGGGUCUGUACCGCUGCUGUGGGUCGAUCAUUAAGAUCUCGGAGUUGGUGGAGAAGCUGCGUGAAGCUCCAAAUGACGUUGUUUUGGAGACAAAUGAAGUUGCUAUACAGGAAGUAGCAGGAGCGCUAAAGCACUUCCUCCGCAACUCGGAACAGCUCAUCCCAUCAUCUGAGAGAGAAAGCUGGGCCAGAGUGUUGGUUCACACUGAUGUCACUUCCCGACUGCAGGAGUAUCGCAGACUGGUCGAACUUCUUCCUCCUGAUAACAGGGUCCUACUGUCCACCAUGUUCAGUCACCUCUACACCGUGCAGCUCUACAGUCAGACGAACAAGAUGACUGCACAGAACCUAGCAGUGGUGUUCACUCCCACACUGUUUGAGGAGUUGGCCAUGAACAGGAACAUGGUGAACGUGACGAGCGAGCUCAUCAUCCAUCACACACUCAUCUUCCUGGUGAGAGCUCAGAUUCAUCUCAAACAUCACUGAUCUGGGAGUAAAAACAAAGCUCCACAGGAGGAUGAAAUGAUCACUGUGCUGUGAAGAAGUCAGAGCCCCCUCUCUCGUAUCCUACUGCACUUUUAUACAUAUUUACAGUAAACAUCAGCAGGCUGAACAUUAUUAUUAUUAUUAUUUCUGAUUUUAGUUUAUAAAGAUAGGUGUUUUCUGUGUAAUUUAAAAGAUGCACACAAUGAGUAAAAAGAGAAAAGUAACAGAUUCACUGUACUGAUUUUUACCUCUUUAUUAGGUUUCUUUUAUUCUGAUCAUCUGGAUGUGAACAUUUCUGCACAAACAAUGUAUUUA